AUUUCCUGGACCUAUGCCUUCACCAAGCAGCAGGUCAGCGUCUACCAGCUCCUGUUGCACGAGGCAGACAAGACAAGAGACAAGCUGCCCAAAGCAAAAAAUCACCGCUGGGUCUUCAACGAGAUUUUGGGCACCACUGUCAAGCUGAUGGAGCUGAAGGCUGACACAAGUUACUGCGUCACUGUCCGUGCAGCCAACACAGCUGGGGUGGGGAAGUGGUGCAAGCCCUACAGAUUUGCAACCGUGGCCACUGACUUGAAGAGCUUCCCCGAGAACAACCCCAUCCAGAUCACAGUACGGCGCAAGGAACCCCAGCAGAGAACUGUGUCCAUCGGGCUGGAGGAGAUGUGGAGGCUGGAAGACCUGGAAUACCGAUUUCCCUACUAAGGGGGAGCAUCCCAGGAAGCCCCUCACCUGUCUUCAGCUGCAGCCCAGGGUCCUCACUGACUUAGCAGUCUUUGGUUGAGCCCUGGGAUUCUAGCGUAAAGAAUUAUAAUCUGCACACACAAAAAAUAAGUCAUUUAUUUGGUCACAGAAUCUGACCCUGGACAGAGAUGGCAUUUAGGAAAGCAGGGGCGGCAGCCGGGGUCCAGUGUCUGCCUGGCCUCCCACCACCCCUGCUGGGCCACCAAAGUACAGAGUGACGGCCAAGGGGUGAGCUCAGGGACAAUCUCCCA